AUGUCAUCCAGAUCUGGCAGCACGAGAGACUAUGGGACUAGCGGCCAACGACAUCACUCAGCUUCCCCACCAGCCCCAGAGCCUAGUGACACUGAGACUGAAGGUCUGAUCUUCUAUCACAUGGAUCUUUAUGGAUCAAAGGAGAGGUUUGAUAUCUUUCCUGAAGAGCCCUCUGGUCGAGGAGACAGAUCUCUGGGGGAUACGAGAAGGGAAUCUGCACCGAGUAGUGAAAAAGUUCAGCGCCCACAAGAAGUUGGCUAUGACUUGGAAAAGGAGGUUGCAGAGUUGGCUAAGAUGUAUGGACUUGAUGAGGAUAGAGAAAAAGAGCUUGAGCUUCUUGGAGGACAUCUGGAGAAGGUGGAGAGCAGAUGGCCACCAGCUCGCACAGAAAAAGCAGGAUUACAAGGUUCCUUAUAUAACAGGUCAAAAAGCAGCUCUUCAGUGAAAGAUCCAAGCCAAAGCACAAAGCAGCAAGGACUUCCUGAUGAGGCUUCUCAAGGUGAAAAUCAGAGCAAAGCCAGAGCAGAUGAUGAGGCUGAGAGCAGCACAUGGUCCAGAGGGGGGCUAAGCAGUGGUGGCAUGUCAGACGAGUGGAACAGUCAGGCUGUCAGUGAGGAGGAGGUAGAGGAGGAGGAGGAGGAAGAAGAGGAAGAAGCAGCAGAUAUUUUUUGUUCCACCUGCAAGAUACCAAUCCGAGCUUUUGACAAACUGUUUGGUGAACACAAGGAUCAUGAGGUUGCUCAGCUCCCCAGUGCUGUGGAAAGUGAAAAGGAGGAGAUCCAUAAAAACAUGUGCAAGUUGGAAGAACAGAUUGCUCAGAUGGAAAAUGUUGCCAGCCAUUUGGAGGAAAUCUUCAUCACUGUAGAGGAAAAUUUUGGGAGGCAGGAGCAGAACUUUGAGGUGCAUUACAACGAUGCAGUGCAAGUGCUUGCUCAGAAGUAUGAGGAGCAGCUGGAAGCACUGGGAGAAGAGAAGAGGCAGAAGCUGGAAGCUCUGUAUGAGCAGCUGGUCAGCUGUGGGAAACAUCUUGACACCUGCAAGGAGCUGACAGAUGAAACCCAGGAGCUUUUCCUGGAAAAUGACAAAGCUGAAUUUAUGAAGGCAGCAGUAACCAUGGUUGACAGGCUGGAAGAAUUCUUAAAGCAAGAAGUGAAUUUAGAGCUUUCAACACUGCCAGACUUUGAAGAGCGGGCCAUAGAUGUCUCUGAAGUUGAACAACUAAUGAACUCCAUUAAUGCUAUUCCAGCUCCUUGUGCCCCUGUGAUCAACCCCCAGGCUCCCAAUGCAGCAACUGGCACUUCACUGAGAAUUUGCUGGGGCCUCUUCUCAGAUGACACUGUGGAGUGCUACCAGCUGUGCUACCAACCUGUGAGCAAUGAGAGGCACAGGGAUGGGCAAGCAGAGCACACACUAAAAGUGAAGGAAACAUACUGCACCAUUACUGAUCUGUUGCCAAAUACACAGUAUGAAUUUUGGGUCAGUGCUUUAAAUGCCUCUGGAAUCAGUCCACCAAGUGAAAGAGCAGUUUAUGUAACAGCUCCUUCACCACCUAUCAUAAAGAAUAAAAAGAUCCAAAGCUGUGAAAAUGCAGCACUGGUGUGCUGGGAAUCCAGAGACAUUAACCCUGUGGAUUCCUACACAGUUGAAUUGUCCAAGCUGACAGAUGAAGAAAAUGAUGAUAUUAUUACUGAAUCUAUUGUUGGGAUCCCUAACUGUGAAGUCCUAAUUCACCUCCAGCCAACACAAAAGUAUCACAUCUGUGUCAGAGCCCAAAACCUGGGUGGCUCCAGUGAAAGAAGUGAACCUGUCCUGAUACACACCACAGGCACCUGCUUCUACCUUAAUGAGGACACAGCCCAUCCUUUACUGGCAAUUCUAGAUGAUGGAUUUACCAUUUCAUGUGAUGAACUGGAAAACCCAGAGUGUGAUCUGCCUGUCUAUGAUAACAGCUUUACAAGAUGUAUUGCAAUCCUGGGCAGUCUGAUCCCAUUUCCAGGAAAGCAUUACUGGGAGGUGGAAGUUGAGGAAGAUACAGAGUACAGAGUCGGUGUGGCUUUUGAGAACACUCCAAGACAUGGUCACCUGGGGGCAAACAACUCAUCCUGGUGCAUGAGGCACAUCAUCACACCCUCCAGGCACAAGUAUGAAUUCCUGCACAGUGGGAUGACACCUGACAUCAGAAUUACUGUUCCCCCCAGAAGGAUUGGCAUCCUGCUGGACUAUGAGAACUGCAGACUGUCAUUUUUCAAUGCAGAUAUUGCCCAGCACCUUCACACAUUCAACUCACCCUUCCAGCAUUAUGUCCACCCCUGCUUUGCACUGGAAACACCUGGUAUCUUAAGGAUACACACUGGAAUUACAACACCCCUAUGGACUGCCCUGCCAUAA